UUGUGUCCUCUUUCAUGCAUAUUCAGUUUCCGCGAAAGUGUGCCCAGUAGAUUUCAAGUAAAGCGGGCUUUUAUCAAAUGGCAGCCACAGCACUAAUGUGACGGUCGAGUUUUUUACGAACUUUUUAAGUGGUGCCUUAUUUCAGAUAAAGCGUUCCUGCAAAACGCCUGAUAGUUGUCCAUUGAGGUUAAUUUCAUCAUACGUUUGUGGUUCGACUUUUCUGGAAAGAUUCUAUUGUUCCAUCAGAAGAAUGUCGCAGAAGAUGAAGAAAUCAACAUCGAAACCCACAUCCACGACGGUCAAUGUGCCGAGCGGUGCCCAGGCCGUGUCCUCGUCCGCUUCGACCGUGUCCAGCGCAUCAAGCGCAUCAGAAUCAAUGGAAACGGCCCUCAGCCCUUCGCGCCGCAGUCGGCUGCAAGAGAAAAACAUUUUGAUGAACCUGAACGAUCGGUUGGCGUGCUACAUCGAUCGAGUGCGCUAUCUGGAGCAGGAAAACUCCCGUCUAUCACUGGAGCUGGCCACCUUCCAGGAAACGGCUGUACGGGAAGUGUCUGGGCUGAAGGCGAUCUACGAGCAGGAGCUGGCGGAUGCACGCAAGCUGCUCGACGAGAUGGCGCGUGACAAGGCAAAGCUCGAAAUCGAUUCCAAGCGCAACUGCGAAGAAAACGAACAGUUACGUACAAAGCUGAACCGGCGCACGAAAGAGCUUAGCGAGCUGGAAAAGGAAGCGCGUGCCAACGACGCUCGGUGCAUCGAACUGACCGCAAACUACAACACGAUCUGCUCCGAGCGUAAGAAGCUGCAGGAGGAGCUGCGGGAAGCGGACAAGGAAGCCGAAAAGUUACGGCGUUCGUUCGCAACCAUACGGAAGGAUUUCGAGCACGAAACACUGGUUCGUGUUAACCUGGAAAAUAAUAUCCAAAGCUUGCGCGAGGAGCUCACCUUCAAGGAGCAGGUACACAGUCAGGAGCUGAGCGAGAGUAAAUUACGCCGGCAGAACGAGAUUAGUGAAAUCGAUGGUUUCCUCAUGGAGCAGUAUGAAACCAAGCUGCAGCACACGCUGCAAGAUUUACGCGACCAGUACGAACAGCAGCAGCGGCUGAAUCGGGAAGAAAUGGCCAACGUGUUCGAGAUACGCAUCCAAACACUUGAGGAGCAACUGGUAAACGAACGCGGCCGCUACGACGAGGAGAAGACUAAGCUCGAAAGGCUAAUAGAUGACCUGCGGCAUGAGAUCGAUGUAAUGAGAAAAGAUUAUCAGGAACUGUUGGAAACAAAGGUGUCACUCGACAUGGAAUUAGGGGCAUACGAGAAGCUGCUGACGACGGAAGAAUCGCGGCUCAACAUUACGCCCAACAUGACCAGCUCAAGCUCGGCAGCCGGUGCCGCGGCAUUCGCAUCCAGCUCUCGCCUUUUCCGUACACCUUCGCUCAAGCGCAAGCGUAACAAUCUGGAUGAGUCGCUGGAAUUUUCCGUGGUGGCUUCAGCUAAGGGUGACAUCGAGGUGACGGAGUGUGAUCUGGAGGGCCGGUUCGUGUGUAUCGCAAACAAAUCGAAACAGGAGUAUAAGCUGGACGGUUGGCAACUGAUCCGUCGCCCGACGGAUGCGAGUGAGGUAUGCUAUCGUUUCCCGAAGUCUGCCAAAAUCGAAGGCAACGGUAAAGUGACGGUAUGGGGUACGUUGGCCAACCGUAAACCGGAUCCACCGACCGAUCUGGUCAUGAAGGGCGCCCUGUGGACGGUAACGGAUACAAUGACGACGGUGCUACUGAACGGAGAAGACGAAGAGAUGGCCAUGGUUGAACGGCACCGCGUGAUGAAACCACCGAAGGACAAAUACUUCCACGAGGAGAGUGGUGGCCGGCUAGCGGUGUAUUCUUCAUCCGGCCUGCUGAAGUCGUCACCAUCAUCCGUCGGACGUGUUCCGAACAAACAGGAUGAACAGUGUAGCAUCAUGUAAAGCAGCGUCAUGAGCAUAGCGGUUAAGUUCCUUUUCAUUUUGUCGUAUCCUUCCAUGCCUGGCGGCAUGGUGAUUUAAUUGUUCUAAAAUCAUAAAUUCGUACACCGUCGUAUUCGUUCGGUCAUUUUGAACGUAAAAAUGUAAACCCCGAAAGACACGGGAUACAACGGAGCAUCGCAAGAUGCAUCUUUUGUCACGAUGUUACAUGUACUGCUGACAGCUUGUUGUAAACCUUCAGUAAGAUCAAUAAAUGCUAGCAGAACAGAUCA